ACAAUCUGAGUUUACAGACAGUUAUUCAGGAUAUAUUGUUUAUGGAUAAAAAUUGAGUGAAUGCCAUAGGUGGAUGUGCGUAUAUUGUUUUGACGAGGUUAACAACUAAACGUGCUAUCUGCUCUUUUUUUUUUAGCUAAUGCUAACUGUCAGAAGGACAAAGCUUUUGUCGUCACAGUUGUUCAGUAUUUUAAUUUUUUGUCAACAUUUGUUUUAAUCACUGUAACAGGUACUACUGCACACAUGAAGUCAGUAAAGCCGUUAUAUCUUAAGACCUACGGUAAGCAUAGGCGAAAACUGUCUGCAUGGAUUUCACCUGAAAACCGAAAGCAGAUUUUUGAGACCGACCCUUCUUCAGAGAGCGACAUCCUCAUUUCUGAACCCAGAAAAUCUGAAAGGACGAGACAAAAGAAGCUUUUAACUUCAAGUAGUAAAUCAGAGCGUCUUGCCAAGAAAAAAGCCAUGGGUUGUUUGAUGCUCAGCAGUGAUGAGGAAAAUGCCUUCUCCCCACCACCUUCCCAUUCUCAGUUCACUCAACCAAGCAGGGUAACCAGAGGAAAGGCAACUAGUGUUUCUAGUGAUAUUUCAAAGGGUCCUGCUAAGAGAAAAGCAAGAGGAUUUCUGUCAGAGCACAACAGUGAUGAGGAGAACAUCGGUGUUGCUUUUCUACUCCAUCAUGAGUCCGGGCAGCAGAGUAAGACAACCAGGAAAAGUAAAUAUGUCUUUCGACCAAAUGUCUUGAUGAGACAGAGGUUCCGUCAGGUUCCAUUCACCAGCAACAGUGAUGAAGACUUGAGUGAACAACCAUCAAUGGGGCGUUAUGUUACGCGCCGUAGACAUGCAGUUAGCAAUAAGCCAAAACUUCCCAAAAAAGUUGACAAUAUAGUCAACUCUUCAGAUGACUUUACAUCUGGGGGAGGUGCCUCGGACUGCUCCAGAAUUCUCCAGUCUUCUAAAUGGCGUGUCCCUCAAACAAUUCUUAGUUCGAGUGGAGAUAACUCUGUGGCUGGCGCAGGACCUGCAAACUUUGCCACCAACCCAUUUCGAGACAUAUCGCUCAGUGAAUCUGCAGACUGCAAUCUCAGGCCAUGCUGUAGGAAACCCCUUUUCUGCUCUACACCCUCUGCAGCCACUUUUAGGAAAGGACCAGCACACAUUAAUCAAUUUGCCAUCAGUGAUCAGUCACUCUUGAGUGACUUCCAAGAAGAUCUGAGUUCACUGGGACAUCACCUCUCCCAGACACCUUCUGCACAACCCAUAGUGCUCAGUUCUAAGGAGAAACUACAGCAGUCAAGCCUUUACGAACUUGAGAAACAACCAAAUUUACAUCAACCUGAAGAACCUUUCGAUCAUUUACUAAUGAAGCUGAAGAACACAGGCUGUAGUGAUGAGCCUAAAAGCCAUAGUGAUAACAACAAUACUCAAAGUUGCGUAGUAUUACCAAGUCCAAAGCCAAUUUCUGUACUUUCUGCAGACUCUGAAAGCAGCAGCUAUUUUGCGUCAGCAGUAGGAGGGUUAGACUGGCUGGUAGAGGCUUUGAAGCAAAAAUGUUUGACCAAGAGCUGCAAAGUAAAGCUGAGGAGGUUGGAUAACCUUACUACAACACAACAUUGUUAUCCAACAACCUACUCAUCCUGUUUGGGACACACAAGUGCCGUCUGCAACCAGAAUACAAACAAAAACCCAUCAUCUGUGGAUGAGGGUCAGACUCCUGAUCUUUCACAGUCUUUAGUGCCUGCAGUUAACAGUCAUUAUUCUGUGAAUAAAAACGGUACUAGUGAUCAUUUGCUGCCUGCACAGGACAGUCAGAGCUCUGAUGUUUCACUGUCAGACAAUCUCCCGGAAAGAAAAAAAGCUUCUCUGAAUCCCAGAGAGAAGAGCAAGAAGCUCACUUUUUCUGAACGCCCGACGACAUCCAGGAAGGCCUGUGUGAGCGGCCUGAGUGUGAGUCGUUGGAAAAUCAAAGGCAGAGCCAACAAAAACUUGAUCCAGAGCAGAACUGUUCAAACAGGUGAAGCCAGCGUCGAAGACUGCAGCAUCAGUCACCUGGUUCCGAUGAAACACAAACGACCAAGGGAACUGGCUGGAGGUAUGCAGACUUUCUCAACCCCACAGAGAGACAGUCCGUUGAACUUUUCCUCUCUGUUGAACAACCUCACACCAAGCACACAAACCUGGAGCCGGCUUAAAGCUGCCCUUUCUCUUCACCAGAAAAUAUUACUUUCUCCAAGUAGUUUUCGUCCAUCAGUCCCAAGCACUCCAGGAAGGGCAGAUUUGUCCCAAGAUCUCUUUGCCACACCUCUUCGAACACCCCUUCCCAAAUGUCUCCGGUCACAACUACAGAGCAGUAGUUUUGGGGUUGUGUGUGAGGAUGAUGAGCUUUCAGAUGCAGAGAAGGUGUAUGCAGAGUGUGGGCAGCAGGGCCCUUUUCCUUGGGAGGAAUGUAUUCACCCACAAUGGAUAAAACGAUGUGUGAAGAUUGGUGAGGGGACAUUUGGUGAAGUCUUUUCCACCACCAAUGACUCGGGAGACACUGUUGCACUCAAAGUCAUUCCAGUGGAAGGCAACGAGAAGGUGAACGGAGAAGACCAGAAGAACUUUGGAGAGAUUCUUCAUGAGAUUAUCAUCUCAAAAGAGCUGAGCAAGCUGAAGGAGAACCAGCAGAACCAGAGUCACGGCUUUAUUGGACUCAGCAAUCUCCACUGCGUUCAAGGCUGUUACCCUGCAGAUAUCCUGAAAGCUUGGGAUAACUUUGAUCAGAAGAAAUGCUCCGAAAAUGACAGACCAGAUUUCUUCAGUCAAGAACAAAUAUUUAUUAUUCUGGAGUUUGAGUUUGGAGGUGUUGACUUGGAGAGCAGCAAUGGAAAACUGGCAUCUUUGGGUAUGGCAAAGAGCAUCCUUCACCAGGUCACUGCCGCAUUGGCUGUAGCUGAGCAGGAACUCCAAUUUGAACACAGAGAUCUCCACUGGGGCAAUGUGCUAGUUAAAACAACCAGGCAGAGGAAGAGCAGCUUCCUACUCAAUGGAACAGUCCACUCUCUGGAUAACAAAGGAGUGCUCGUCCGUAUCAUUGACUACUCUCUGUCCAGGCUGGAAAUCGACGGUUUGACUGUGUCCUGUGAUAUUUCUAAUGACGAGGAGCUUUUCAUGGGUCAGGGAGACUAUCAAUUUGACCUCUACAGGCUGAUGAGACAAGAGAAUGGUAAUGUCUGGAGUGAUUUCCAUCCCCAUUCCAACGUGCUUUGGCUACAUUAUCUGGCCUCCAAACUGCUUUCUAUGAAGUUCCGGGGCCCCAGCGGGAGGGCCGCCAAGAAGAUGCGAGAUGAGCUCACUCGUUUUUAUGACAACAUCCUCCAGUAUCAAUCUGCUACUGAGGUGCUGCUGAAGUGUCCUAUGUUUCAGUAAAAAAACAUUUCUGCCUACUAUUGUACAGCCGUCAUAGUUUAAAACUUUUUCAUAUGACGGCUGAUAUUUUGACAGUAAUCUGUGUGCUUAUUUUUAUACAACCUUUGAUGUAGAAAAAUUAGUCUUUAACCAAAUGGAAAUUAACCAUGCGAAAUAUUUAUAGCCUCCAUUCAUCCAGCUAAAGUUUGUAAGGUGUUUUUUUUGGGGGGGGGGCAAAAGUUUGUAAAUAGCAUGUAUUUUUAAGCUAAUGUAUGGUAGUCAACUUAAAUUUCUUUGUAGUUUCAUUACAAAUAUUUCCAUGUUUGUAUGUACAAGAGUCUACAAGGGUCUGCCUCUUUUGAAAAAGAUGGAGUCUAAAGUAAAUAUGUAAAUGGUAAAGAAUCCUUGAUUUAAUAAAGCAUUUUUGGAUGUGAAUCAUAACCAUCCAGCACGGGGAUUGAGUCAAGGUAUCUUAUCUUGGCAAUACAUGGUGUUACACAGGCAUUCAGUUGCACAAAGCCAUCCUCAGAAACGGCAUCCCAUCGUGAGAAAUGGGAGCUGUGUAAACACGCCAUGAAUGCUGAAAAUAAUCUGGAUUUAGUGAUUCAUCUGGAUCAGAUUAGCAGAUUUGACUCCUUACGCAGCCACUAUGUUUGACGUGGGACUGGAAGGGCAUCACUGAAAAAAGUGGGAAGUGAUCAGUGGAGAAUUGGGUCUAUACUCCACUACAUCUGACAUCUCGACCAGGUUCAACCAGUAUACAAAGAAGGACUUACAAAAAGAAAUCUUUUAUUGACGUCCAUUAAGAUCAUUAUACAUUUUUGCAUUAAAACAAGCUUUGUUUGGUAUGAUGAGUUGUGUAUAUCCAUUUUGAGAAGGAUCUUGAUUGAACAUGUUGAAUGCUUCCAUACUUGAAGAGACACUUGGUUGGUUUAAGAAAUGUGCAUAAGCCUGGAGUCAUGUGAUGAGAAUAGACAAAUUGCA